AAGAGAGGAGCAAGAUAUUUGACAGAAAAAAGUUCAUUUGUAUAGUUCUAAACGUAUUUAGGGUAUUUUUACCUAAUCACUUUUUGUCAUGACAUUAUUUUAACUACGCAAUGACGUAAUUUAGCGACUUUUAGAACUACUUUCCUUACCGAGGAGUUUGCAACAAAAAGACAGGUCAAAUUCAAUUGGGACUUUACGUCGUAACGGAUAUUAAUGUUUUCACAGGGUAUAUAUACUUCCCUUUACUACAAGUACUGAAACCCUACAUCUGCCAUGCAUUUAUACGAGCGUUAUGUCAUAUAUUCAGUACUGAAGUUCAUUGGCCUGAUAUGGUGUAAAGCAUGUAACACUGCUGAAUACGAAAUUAAUGGAGAAUGCUGUCCAAUGUGUGCUCCUGGUUACUAUGUGUUAAAACAUUGCGACAGUAAUUCAGACACAGAGUGUAUCCAGUGCACUGGAUCAACCUACACCGAUAUCCCGAAUGUUUUAAUGGGAUGUUUCACCUGCACUGUGUGUGAUGAAGGUGCUGGAUUAAGGGUAAAGAGGAAGUGUACAUACAUUUCAGAUGCAAUCUGUGAGCCUUUGCCAGGACAUUAUUGUAUAGAAUCUCACGGUGAGAGCUGCAUGAAAGCCAAAGAGCACUCAACCUGUCUUCCUGGACAAUACAUUGACCAUACCGGGACCAAAUUAAUGGAUACAGUGUGUAAGGACUGCCCUGAGGAGACAUAUUCAAAUGGAUCUUUUAUGCAUUGUAAACCACAUACAAAUUGUGAGUCUUUGGGGAAGAUAACUAUCACACAGGGAACAAAGUCAAGUCCCGCAGUUUGCACGCAUAAACCCUUUCAUUUUGGAUUCAUCAUGGGAGUUGUGUUGCUGUUACUAUUUGUGAUUGUCAUUUUAAUUGUUUUAUUAUGGAAGAAAAAUGUAUUAUGCCGUACAAAUAUUUUUUGGUGAUUAUACGAUAUUAUAAAUGGUUGUAAACAGCAAUAGCACAGUAGCGGUCCCGUAUGCUAUUUAGGCAUGUAUUCAGGAUGGGAGAAGAUGGAUUAAUCAGACUGAUAAUAGAGAGAAACAGAAAUUCGAAACAUCGUCUGGUGUGGAAGAACUUGACUGACUUGCCCAGUCCUGAUCUCAACCUGAUAGAACACCUUUGGAAUGAAUUAGAGCGGAGACUGCGAGCCAGGCCUUCUCAUCCAACAUCAGUGUCUGACCUCACAAAUGCGCUUCUGAAAGAAUUUUCCAUAAAUACACUUCUAAAUCUUGUGAAAAGCCUUUAAAUUGAAGAGUUAAAGCUGUUAUAGCUGCAAAUUGUGGGCCAACAUCAUCUUAAACCUUAUGGAAUUGGAUGUUACUCGCAUACUUUAUUACUUUUUUAUGAAUUUUAGAUGAACACAAUUUCUUUGAAAGAGGUGUAAUUGUAAAAAUAACAUAAAUCUAUUGUUUAAAAAAAACAUUUAAAUAAUUAACAUUUACAGUUAGAGCCUUCCGACAGAAUUAAGGUUAUUAUACUUCUAGCACAUACAUGUCAUGUUAAAGCUGAAGACGUGCCAUACUACAUUACCAAUCUCCCCCAGCAUAUCACAUACUGUACAGUAUCUCUGAUUUCUUUUAUCUGCAUCUUGUUGUUUCCUGUUUCCCAACACUAUUUAAGUUCCUGUCUUCGGUGUCUUUAAGCAGUUCUAUGCAUUGAAUUGUAAAUUGUCUGCAUAUUAGUCGUCAUUGUGCUCUUAGCCUGUACGUUUUUGCCUCAAAUCAGAGUAAUUGUUGAAGUAUUAUUUUCUUAUUUAAGUGAAAUAAAAACUAAUUUAUUUAUGAGCAUCAACAAAUAUGGUUAAAAGCAAAUUUCUUAAAGAAUUUUGGCAUUGUGUUAAAUAUAUAUAAAAAACCAAGUCAAGUGUUUUUUUGGCAUUUGG